UCUCUUGUCUAUGUAGCCAUCUUCCUCUUGGCAUUGAGAUUCGUCAUGCCUUAUUGUUAUCUCUAUUACUACGCACAAUUCAUGUUGAACAAGUACUACUUUGGUAAGAAAAGUGUUCACUCUUUUUUGGGGUUAUCAAACAAGGCUUCUCCUCAUUCCAAAUGUGGGUUAGGGUUGGUUUUUAGCAAUGAAUACAAUCCCAAUGUUGUUGAGUCCUCCUCAUUACCAUUGCUCAAUACUAAACCUAUGUCUUCGUUGUCAAAGAAAGACCCUGGUGUGAUAAGAUUUAUGGAUGAUAUGGGUGGUGAGGUUGAUGGACUUACGUCGUGUACUGAGAGUUUAGGGUUUGAGAGUUGUAGCGAAAAACGAGUCAACGAUGAGGAUGAAUAUGAGUUUUGUAAAGAGGAGAUUAGGGGUAGAUGGAGAAAUAAGAAGAGGGUUGAAGAGAAGAGAUCAGACGAUAAAAGGGAUAAGAAGUUUCCACCACCACUUUCUUCAUUGAACCAAAACGGUCGGCCUUGUUUUUACCUAAAGCCUGUAAGGGCAAAUGGGAGGUUGGAGUUAACCGAGGUUAAGAUACAUAGACCGGAGAUUUUACUUGCUGUUAGGGAAAAUGGACGGUUGAGAUUGCAUCUUGUUAGAAGUGAUAUUUGCUGUAAAUUCAAUGAAGAUGAAGAGAGAGAACAUGAAGAAGUGCAUGAUUUGCAUGAAGAAGAAGAAAAAGGUGAUGUUUGCAUUAAAUUCAAUGAAGAUGAAGAGAUAGAACAAGAAGUGCAUGAUUUGCAUGAAGAAGAAGAAGAAGAAGGGAUGAAACUUCAAGAAUUGUGGAAUUAUAGAGUGAAUGGUGAAGGUUCCAGUAGAUGUCAUGAGAUGGUUCAUUAUCAUCGACAUCAUGGUAUCAAUGGACAUCAUAGCAUGCAUGUAUGGAGGCAGCCAUGUGUGUCAAUAAGGUGA